AACACAUCCAAUUUUAAUAGCCAGCGAACCAUGAAUACCAUAGGGAGACCGUUGCUGCGGAACCUGGCAACAGCCAUCGCCAGGCGUGUAAGCAUUGCUUGCAACGCACGCGAAUUCUCUACAUCAAAGAUAUCCCCGGCGGAGAUGUCCAAGCUGCUGCAAAGUAGAAUUGCAGGAUGGGAGAAGCAGAAAGAUGUAGUAGAUGUUGGACACGUUAUUAACGUUGGAGACGGUAUUGCCCGUGUCUAUGGACUCAAGGAUGUUAAAAUGGGUGAGCUCGUUGUAUUUUCCAGUGGAGUCUCGGGAAUGGCACUCAACUUGGAGACUGAUAAUGUGGGUGUCGUCAUUUUUGGUGACGACAGAUCAAUUUUAGAAGGGGACAAUGUCAGCCGUACCAACCGUAUUAUCGACGUUCCCGUUGGACCCGCAUUGCUGGGUCGUGUAGUGGAUGCACUGGGCAACCCUAUAGAUGGUAAGGGACCCGUAGAGUCCACGAAGAGGAAUAGGGUCGAGGUACCAGCCCCCGGUAUUAUCGAUAGGCGCAGUGUUAACGAGCCCAUGACUACUGGAAUCAAGUGUGUCGACUCGCUUGUACCUAUUGGCAGAGGCCAGCGUGAGCUGAUCAUUGGGGACAGGCAAACAGGUAAAACUGCUCUGGCGAUUGACACAAUCUUGAAUCAAAAGGAGCUCAAUGAUGGUAAGGACGAGAAGGACCGUGUCUACUGUGUUUAUGUGGCCAUUGGGCAAAAGAGGUCAACCGUUGCGCGCAUCAUGAAGACGUUGGAGGACAAGGAUGCACUCAAGUAUACAACCAUUGUUGCAGCCACUGCGUCUGACUCUGCACCACUGCAGUUCUUGGCACCGUUUGCUGGGUGUGCCAUGGGUGAAUGGUUUAGGAACUCUGGUAGGCAUGCAGUCAUAAUUUACGACGAUCUGUCGAAACAAGCUACUGCAUACAGGCAAAUGUCACUGUUACUAAGGAGACCACCUGGAAGAGAAGCUUACCCUGGUGAUAUUUUCUACCUACACAGCCGUUUGCUUGAAAGGGCUGCUAAGCUGUCUGACAAGAAUGGCGGUGGAAGUUUAACUGCACUGCCGAUAAUCGAGACCCAGGCAGGUGAUGUGUCAGCCUACAUUCCAACCAAUGUCAUUUCUAUCACUGAUGGACAGAUCUUCCUAGAGAGUGAGCUUUUCUACAAGGGUAUCAGGCCAGCUAUCAAUGUCGGUCUUUCAGUGUCACGUGUGGGUUCUGCCGCCCAAAUCAAGGCCAUGAAGCAAGUGUCAGGAACCAUGAAACUUGAUCUCGCCCAAUUCAGGGAAGUAGCUGCGUUCGCCCAAUUCGGGUCUGACCUUGAUGCCGCUACCCAGAAACUACUUACCAGGGGAACCUUGCUCACCGAGUUGCUGAAGCAACCUCAAUAUUCACCCAUGAAGACCGCAAUCCAAGUUUGCGUUAUAUACGGUGGUGUCAGGGGAUUGUUGGACUCAAUCGACCCUAAAGACGUUUCUAAAUUCGAGACGCUUUUCAUAGAGCACCUCAUGUCGUCGCAGCAAGACUUGCUAAAGAAGAUAGAUGAUGAAGGACAGCUGUCACCAGAGACCGAGGCGCAGCUGAAGCAGACGGUUGAAAACUUUGUAGCAACCGCUGAUGUUCGCAAAAUAUGAUCGAUAUGGUACACUACAAACUUAAAUAGCACACUUGGCGUCAUCUAAAACAGAGACGAACGUACAACUAAUAUCGAAUAAGCGAUUGUAGCCGC